AUGGCAUCCAACAACCGCACCGAGGCCCACUCCGCGCCCAUCCCCAUCAGCGGGAAUGCGUACGAGCACCACCGUCGCCGCUCGUCCGUCUCGUCCGACUCGUCUUCGGACUCCCCGCCGCGCACCCCGCCGUCCCUCGCACAGCCCAAGGUCUCCACCUCUCCGUCGUCCCCCAUCCUCUCCUACCUCCUCGCGCCCAAGUCGCCCACCACCGGCCCCGGCGCCUUCCCCGGCUUCAAGCGUUUCGGGGGCCCCAUCAUGGAGGACGACGAGCAUGAGGUUCCGCCCGCCAUGAGACCCGUUCGCCGGGCGAGCAUCGCCGGCCGUUUCCCGCCCGUCCAGCCCGUCGUUGCGGCCGUCGCCACCGCACCGCCCAACGAGCGCGCCACAGGCCUCCUGCGCCGGCUGUCGAUGGGCAGCUCCUUCGCGUCCAAGCCGCAGGUCGCUGUCCAGCCUGUGAGCGCUCAUACCGUCCGCGGCCACUCGGGCACCGUCCCGCCCCCGAACAGCGUCUCGGGGUCGCCGACGGACGCCCGUACCGUACCUCGCACCAAGCAGCGUCGGGCGACCGAAUCAACUCGCCGCGCGCCCUCCCCGAUGGGCGAGCGCAUCCUCAAGGGCCAUUUCGACGGCUUCAACUGAGCUCGUUCUCUCGCGCCAUCUCGUGGUCUCCGGCAGUGCGCCGGCCUCGAAUGAUAUCCGCUCGUUGUUGCCCUCACCAUCUUCACCUUCCUUAUCAUCGCCUCUCUCUUCGAAUUAUCAUAUCAAGCCUCAGCAACUGUACCAUCACCGCACCAAGCUUACCAUCUUCGUCGACAAAACCCGCAAAUACCCCGCGACGCGUCGGACUGUACCAUAUACGUCUGUACUCCGUUUUCCUCGACUCGCCAUCGCCGUCACCGUUUCCCCCUUCGCGAACGCCGGACCGCCGAUCUGUCCUUGUACCAGCCUUUCGCCCUCCAUACGUUUCGUGAUAAGUUAUCUCCUGUACUAUAGCGUUCGCCGCGCCUCGCCCUUUUACCGGAGAGCACGGGCGCUGUAUUCUGGUCGUCUUCUUCGGCCUGUUUUCUUUCCUUUGUCGCCGUCGCAUCAAAAUGCCUUUUGACUUCGUCGCAAAAGUUGAU